UUCUAAUCCUAUUAGAUGAACCAAAAUGAUGCAAAUUUGGGGUUGUUAUCAAACAAAUCCAAGUCUAAAUACAAAGAACCAAAAUAGAACAGUAAUGAUUUUGAAAUUCAGGAUUAUGGAGAUGAAUAAGAAUAUGUUUCUUUUGAUGAUGCUAGUAAGCUUGAUGAAUUAAUUCUUAGAGGUACAACAUGCCGAAGUUAUUCAACCAAAAUAAAUUGAAUAACCAAUUGCACCUCCUUAAAAUAACGUAUAAAGCAAGUCGGAGCUUUAAAAAAAUUAGAAUUAAUAAUAGGCUUAAUAACAGAACUAAUUCCCAGCUCAAUCAUAAAUUCAAUACCCUUAGUUUUAGUAACAACAACAAGUUCCAAUGAACUUAUACCCAGUAUUUCAAAUUUACAUAAUAUAGAAUUAGUGCAGUUAAUAUCAAUAUGCUCCAUAUCAAAAUUAAUAAUAUUCUUAGCCUUAGAACUAAAAUUAUAACCCUGUUUCUAAUGUGUUACAAUAAACAACGAUACCCAUUGACAGGAGUAUCAAUCAAAAAACGUAAUUAUUAUUUCAACAAAAAGAUAAACUUAUUCAACUUGCAUUCAUUGUAAAACUCCCUAGAUGAUAUAAGAUGAAAAAUAACCAUUUAUGUGCUUUAGAUGUUAACAAAUAAAUAGGCCUAAUUUUGGCUAUUUUCAAUGUGGCUCCUGUAAAAUUACAGUCAUGUACCAAUGCGGAUGUAUUAACAAAGAAUUUAAUUAGUAUCCAAUUUAAUCAGAUGCACAAAAUGCCAGACUAUGAAUUAUGUUUAACAACCUAAUCUUCCGAAUACAUUAUUACAAUAUCAACAAUAACAAUAAUAAUACCAGAAUUUGCCAUAAUAGCAACAACUAUAGCAAAUUAAUGUUUCAAAUUCUUAAUCAUUCUAAUCCUAAAAUUAAAGCACAAACCAAUAAAAUCUAUAUGAGUAUUCAUAAUACUAGCAGAUGAAUAAAGAAUCAAAAUCUGUUUGCAGAAACUAAGUUGAUCCAAUGUAUCAGGAAAAAUGA